CAGAUAGAAUAGGAAAGUAAAAGUUAAAUCAAGCUUGGAACUAGAUUUUAAAGAUCCAAAAAACAAUGGACUUCUACUUGGACCUCAAGUUUGAAAAACGGAAGAAAAUGCUUCAGAGAAGAGGAAUGUGGCACAAGACACAUAGAUUUCCAUACAGAAGGAGCAGAGAAGGUGACUCCCAUCAUCUCUCAGAGUUGAGGAUUGUGUUAAUGGGGUCUAGAGGAGCUGGAAAGAGUUCAUCAGGAAACAUCAUCCUGAACAGAGAAGAGUUUGACUUGAAGAGAACUGCUCAGUGUGUGAAGAGACAGAGAGAAGUAGCAGACAGACACAUCACUGUCAUAGAAGCUCCAGGAUGGUGGAUUAAUGAACCUGUAGAUCAGAGCCCUGAGUUACUGAAACAAGAGAUUUUACUCAGUGUGUCUCUGUGUCCUCCAGGGCCUCAUGCUGUUCUACUGGUUAUACCUGGGGACUCUCUAUUUACAGAGGAUGAGAGAAAAGUAUUUCAGGGGUAUGUGGAUCUUCUCGGUGAGAGAGUCUGGAGUCACACUAUAGUGCUCUUCACUCAUGGAGACUUUCUAGGAGACACAUCUAUAGAGCAACACAUUGAGAGUGAAGGAGAGGAUCUCCAGUGGCUGGUGGAGAAAUGUGGGAACAGAUAUCAUGUUCUCAACAAUAACAACAGCAGUGAUGACACUCAGAUCAAACAUCUGCUGGAGAAGAUAGAAGAGACAGUGAUGGAAAACAACGGCUGCCAUUUUGAAAUAGACAGAAAGAUUUUACAGAGGAUGAAAGAACGAAGGAGAGCAGAAGAGAGAGCUAAAAAACGAAUGAAGAAGAUAAAGAAACAGAGAGAGAUGAUCAGAUCUCAGAUGAGUGACACUCAGAAGCUCUCAGAGUUGAGGAUUGUGUUAAUGGGGUAUAGAUAUUCUGGGAAGAGUUCAUCAGGAAACAUCAUCCUGAACAGAGAAGAGUUUGACUUGAAGAGAACUGCUCAGUGUGUGAAGAGACAGAGAGAAGUAGCAGACAGACACAUCACUGUCAUAGAAGCUCCAGGAUGGUGGAAGAAAAUACCUGUAGAAAAGAGCAAUGAGUUACUGAAACAAGAGAUUUUACUCAGUGUGUCUCUGUGUCCUCCAGGACCUCAUGUUGUUCUACUGGUAAUACGAGUGGACACUAGAUUUAAAGAGGAUGAGAGAAAAGUAUUUCAGGGGUAUGUGGAUCUUCUCGGUGAGAGAGUCUGGAGUCACACUAUAGUGCUCUUCACUCAUGGAGACUUUCUAGGAGACACAUCUAUAGAGCAACACAUUGAGAGUGAAGGAGAGGAUCUCCAGUGGCUGGUGGAGAAAUGUGGGAACAGAUAUCAUGUUCUCAACAAUAACAACAGCAGUGAUGACACUCAGAUCAAAAAUCUGCUGGAGAAGAUAGAAGAGACAGUGAUGGAAAACAACGGCUGCUGUUUUGAAAUAGACAGAAAGAUUUUACAGGAGGUGGAGGAGAGAAGGAAAGCAGGAGAGAGAGCAAGAUCACAAAUAAUGAGUGAGGAUGAGAUGUCUGAUACAGUCUCUUUGGGAAGUUUUGGUUAAGGUUCAUUCAGAUCGCUAUCAGUUAGAGGAGAUAACAUAUCUGAUACAGUCUCUCUGGGAAGUUCUGGUUAUGGUUCAUUCAGAUCUCGAUCACACAACAGCUCAAUUUUUGCAUCAUCAUGCUCUAAAGAAAGACCUGUCAGCUUUGGAGAUGGAUCAAAUUAUAACACGGUUAUACGACAAUUUGUGAGUGAGGAUGAGAUGUUGGAUACGGUCUCUUUGAGAAGUUCUGUUUCUGGGUCAUUCAGAUCUCGAUCAGGUGCAGACAACACGAUUUUUGCAUCAUCACACUCUAAAGACAAACCUAUCAGCUUUAAAAGUGGAUCUGUAAACUCCACUUCUGAGUCUCUGGAACAUUCAGCAAUGGAAGCUCAAAAGAGCCCAUCCAUGAUCUCACAAAUGUUAAGAAGAGCCAAGCAGAAUCAGUAAUCAGUAAAAAUGCUGGAAAUGUAACAUAAGUCAUCAAUUCAGUAAAUACAUUGUACAUACUGUAAAAGAGGAAUCAAGUGUACUUAAGAUUUUAAAUUGACAUUUGUACAACUAUUAAUCUGAGUUGUUGAGACAUACAUACAUUUUGUAUGAGUUGUAUUUUCAUAUCUACAUAAUGAAAUAUGAAACGAUGGCAGUUACUGUAAAAAAUAUCAAAAUCGUCAGGUGUCAGUCAUUGCUGACUCCAAAUAACAAGUGACCUUGGUUACAGAAAAUUAAUUCUAAUGUUACAAGUGCUACAAUAGUUAUUAUCAUAUAUUUAUGUGUGGUGCUUCAUGUACGUGGGUCUGGAACAUACUCACUCGCAAUGACAGCAAAAAUGAAGUCCUCUCUAAGGUUUAAGGGUAGGGAAAGACAAUAUUAGCUUGGUAUAAAAUAUAUUGAAAUCUCAAUCAAUGUGUUAUUGUUUGUGUAUGGGCACUUAAGGUGUUUGGUUCUAUUUUUAGGAAUGAAGCCAUUAUCAACAUAAAAACAUAUCGUUUAAAGAAAUGUUGCCAUAUUAUAUUUGUAGAAACAACAUAAAGUCGUGCCAGGUUGCAAAAUGUUUAUGGGCUUUUUAAAUCUUUCAGCUUUGGUUUUAUAUUAUAAUAGCUAAUAAUCUGCUGGCUAUUGUAAAACGUUGAUAUUUACCUCACACCGUAAUUUUGACCAUGUGAUCUUUUAUUGUUAUUGUUACUUUUUUGUUACUUUUGUAACCAGAUCAAUGGACUUUCUAAACUGUUGUUUCAAAUCUGUUACGAUCAAGUCAAAUUCCACCGUAAUUUCUCACAACAUAAAAUACAGUUCACCUGUUACAUGUUCAUUGUUAUGUUUACAUCAAACCUGUCAUUGUAGUGUCAUUUGAAACCCAUCAGACA